AUGGACUCGCCUCCGUCUCUGCCCGCGGCUCAGCAACCACCAGCCCGCCACGACGAGCCCUCUUUGUCGUCAACCUCCCUCUCUGGCGGCAAGCGUCCCGCUCCCUCUCUGCUGCCGGCCUUUGAGCCGCUGUCCUCGUCGCCCGGCCUGCCUCGCCCUCUGAAGCGUCAGAACACGGGCAAGCCUAGCCUCCCCACCCCCGUGCCCACCUCGAGCACCGGCAUCCUCUUCUCCAGCUCGCCUCCCCAGCACGCGUCCCGACGCCGCGGCCUCCAGGCUCGCUUGUCUGCCGCCGCCUCAGCCUCUCCCACAGUUGCUGCCGUCUCGGAGCGUGUCCCUCUCUCUGCCGUGCCCGCCGUCGAGCUGUCCGACAGCGGCGAGACAGUCUUCCUCGGCCGCUCCAGCAACUCGUCGCACGUCCAGCUCUCGGCCAACCGCCUCAUAUCCCGCGUCCAUGUCCUGGCCCGCUACAUCCCCGCUGCGGCUGCGGGCGGAGCCAAAAUUGAGAUUGUCUGCAACGGCUGGAACGGGCUCAAGCUGCACUGCCAGGGCCGCACGUGGGAGCUAUUUAAGGGAGACAGCUUCACCAGCGAGACCGAGUGUGCAGAUGUCAUGGUCGACGUGCUCGACGCACGCGUCAUGAUCCAGUGGCCGAGACGUAGUGGCGUCGGCGGCGAUAACGUCGCUGCCAGCCUCUCCGACUCGUCGAGCUGGGAUGACUCUCCGCCCUCGUCCCACGCCCCUGCCAGCCACUCGCUGCUGAUCCAGUCGUCGCCUCUGCGCCGCUCCACGCGCAUUGCCUCUCCUGAGAGCCCGACCCCGGCUUCGACCGGACGCAUGCCAAUGUCGAGCUCGCAGCGGCUGCAGCAGUCUCUGCUUCUGCCUCCCGGCGGCCACCUUCGCGACCAAGAGGGCAUCCAAAUUUAUGAGGACGAUUCCGACGUCGAGCCUGAGCUUCCGAGCCCCGCCUCGCCGUCUCCGGCUGCCGUGGCCAACCUGAAUGUCGGCGCCAGCAUGCGUACCGAGGCCACGGCGAGCUUCUCGAGCGAGACGCUGAGCGAUGGCGAGGAUCACAACCCGGACGAGGAAAACGACCCCAUCAUCCACUCCUUUGGGCCCUUUGGUGCCGACAUUUCGGGCAGGAUGGCUUCGAUAAUGUCAAAGUCUCCCAAAGCAAUGGCCACCAAGGCGGCAGCUCGUCGACAUGCUCGCAACGCGUCUUUGGGCGAUUCGCUCACCACCUUCUCUGGAGCCGACAACGCGACGCCUUCAUCGCCACGUAACAAGCGCUCAUCGGCGUCGAGUAUUGAGACGGUAGCAGCGCCGUCGCCGGCGGCCGAAGCAGCCGAAACGCCAUCCUCGCCUGAAGGGCCACUGUCGUCCCCGCCACCUUGCCCCAGCCCCAUGAUGGACCCCGUCAUCGCCAACCACGUCGUCAACCAGCUUGCCUUUUCACGCCUUUCGUCGACGCCGCUGUCGACCAUUGUGCAGCACCUGCCGGCCGAGUCGAGGGCCGUCGGGCUGGACCAUGACGCGCUGCGCGAGGCCAUCGAGUCAACGGCGUGUAUCGGCAUCAUCCGCCGUGAGGGCAAGGACGCGGCGGGCAAGGCGCUUGAGAGCGAGUACUACUAUAUCCCGGAGCACGAUGAUGACGAGCAGCGCCGCGCCGCCGUGGUUGACGGCUUGCGGAAGCCCAGCCUGCGAGCCUGCAGGAAGCAACACAAGCAAUAUUACUGGAAGCGCCCGCGCACUCCGUAA